GCCGGUCCAGUACUGUUCAGUUGGGAUCAGUUAAGUUUUGUUCUUAAGAUUAUAAUGUUUGUGGAUCUGCUAAAAUCUACCUUAUAUUCACUCAAUCUCUCAUCAAAAUCUUGUUUUUCCAUGUGGGUUUCACUUUACGGCUUUGGCCAAUCCCUCCAUUCUUUCCAUCUUGGCACUCCUCUUUCUUCUCUUUUCACUCUAUGAAAAAGUCUCAAGUACUGGACAAUGAGUUCAUACAAUGUAUGAAAGAAAAUAAACUACCUACUUAACCAAUGCUAAUGAAACUCACAGAGAAUUGAACUGAGUUCUGGGUUUGCUGGAUAUUAAGAAUCAAACUUUGUUUUUGAUAUUGGAAAGUUGAGAAAUUUUAAGAAAAGAUGAUAUCUUCUGGGUUGAAUUUGGUCAUGACAGUGAUAGGAUUCGCUGUGAGUAUCAUGUUUAUAGUGUUCGUUUGUACGCGCCUCAUCUGUGCUCGGAUUCAGUUGAACGCAUACCGAAGAUCUUUUCCUAUUGCGUCUCGAUCUAAUUUCAGCUUGCUGGAAAGAGGGUUUCAGGGUCUUGAGCCUGUAGCUAUAGCCAACUUUCCAACAACGAAGUACAGUGAUGAGUUUUUUGCAGCUGCAGAAGAUGCUCAAUGUACAGUUUGCCUAUCAGAAUACCAUUGUGAAGAUACAUUGCGAAUUCUUCCCUACUGUGGGCACUCCUUCCAUGUUACUUGCAUAGACAUAUGGCUGCAACAACAUUCCACAUGUCCAGUUUGUCGAAUAUCACAGCGCGAGUGUCCUCAAAGAAAGCACUUGCUGCAGCCCUUGUUUAGUUCAGCUGUUCGAUCUCAUUAUGUCCAUGCUUUUGAUAGACAUUCGUAUAACUUGUUGACUGGACACGGGUUUUCUUCACGAACCCUUGGAAACCAGAGGAUGGACCCUGUUCAAGAAGACCCUUUUUCAUCUGAAGGUGAUCGAGCAGACGCUGCCGACAACAUUUCCACCACAACCGAGGCUCAUCAGACUGUAAAAGACUCUGUAAACAAACAUGUCGAAAGUCCAUCAAACCCUUGAAUUACCAUUGUAAUCCUUGAAUCUCAGCUAUAGCCAGUGAGACUUAUGCCAGAAUAUGCAAAUGGGUAUGUCCAGCAAUACUGAUCAAGCCAACUUAGAUUACUUAUUUCCCUUCUGGGGUACUGUAAAUAUUGCAGAAAUUGAUUAAUUUUGCCCUCCUUUUCUCUUUCAACUGGCAGUUUUGUUCUAA